GGGCGGGAGGGGAGCAGAGGGAAAAAAAGGAAGGGCGGGAAACACCAGCGGCGGCGGCGGAGAUGAGCUCGUCGACGACGUCCGGCCGCGGCGGCGAAGACGACGAAGACGCGCCGGACCUCGUGUGUCAGCUGGACUGCGUCCAGGGCAUGGUCGACGCGCUCUCCUCCGUCCGCUGGAAGCGCCACCAGGACGCAGUGCUGGAGCUCUCGGAGCACGGCAUCGUGCUCAUCGUGGAGGAGAGCGGCUGCCUCCAGGCCAAGGUGUACCUCAAGCGCGAGCUGUUCGUGGAGUACGACUACGCGGCGGAGGGGCGCCCGCGGUUCGGGCUCAGCCUGGGGCUCCUCGUCGAUUGCCUCAACAUGUUCUCGUCCCCAGGGCACGCCUCCUCCGUAGAGAUCCGGUACCCUGGCCCCGACAUGCAACUUCUCCUCAAGUCAGUGGCCUCCCCAGAUGCAUGUAUAUUUUCGGAAAUCAGAACCAGAAUUCCAGAUACUCUCGCCUCGGAUUACCAUUUUCAGCAUGCAGGGAACACUCCUCUCUCUUUUACUGUUAAGUCUGCCAUCCUGAAAGAAUCGAUUGAUGACCUUGAGUGGCCCGGUUCCAGCAUUCAGAUUAAAUUGCAACCAGACCCCCCUUCAGUAAUAUUUAAAGGCGAAGGGCAUGGUGACUUGGAGAUUGAAUAUCCCUACUAUGCAAAUACCGAUCUUCUGAUUGCAUUCCAGUGUGACCGUGAAGUAUCGUACAGGUAUAAGUACAAGUUUCUUCGUGCAACUACCUCAAAUGUUCCAAGUAGUGUAUUGAAGGAGAAUCGUGGGAGUAAGGUGACGAUUGGGAGGGGAGGGAUGCUCAAAAUCCAGCACCUGGUUUCAGUUGGGAGGCCAGGCAUUACGCAUGGGUGAUCCAACCUUGGAAGCAAAUGGUCAUGUUACAUCAUCAGUAUAUAUCAUAUGCUCGCUGCAAAUAAAUCCAAAGUGCGUACUGUGAGCUAGUUCAACUGGUGUCUUUGUCUCGUCAACAGGCCCCCAAUUAAUCUACUCCAGCUUAGUACUACAAAUUACCAGGCCACUAUUGAGUGGCCCAUUGUUUAAAUCCUAGCCAUUCCCAGGGGAGAGAUUGUGUAUGCAUUGUCUCUUUCUGCUCCCUUGCUGUUAUUGCUUGUGUUUGUUCUUUA